UGGGGUAGGGUGUGCGAGUUUUUGUCUGCAACGCGAUCCACUGUGUUAUUCCCCCUGGUAGUUUGUGCCACCUGCCCCUUCCGUUCCCAUGUUUUGUCGCUUUAUUGGAUUAAUUUUAGUGAUUCUAUCUUCUGAGGACCUAAAGAACCACUGAUUGCGGAGGAUGAAGGAUCGCGGGUCGAGAGGUCUGGCGUUGUUCAGACGUCGCGACGUCGCGUCUACCGACGCUAGUAACGUCAACGUCGCGGCGUGGAGUGACGCAAAUAACGCAAACGUUCCUGUUAAAAGUGAUGUUCAUCGCAACGAUAUUGUGUCCUCGCGCUCUACGGGCUGGUAUGCCUCACCCCAGAAUGGGGAGGCCAAGUACAAGAGGGCUUCAUGGUCCGCCUUCCCGCCCCAUCUCGAGGACAUGGGCGUGAUGGGGGAGAAUUCCACGCCCCCCGCCAGGCGACACAUCCCCAGCAGAGAGUUGCGCGCUCGCACAGUAUCGAAAAUCUCGAGCAAAGUGGCGGUGCAAAUUUGGGCAGCACUGAAAAUCUGAAAAAAUCCAAAAAGAAAACCGGUUUUGGGAGCUUAAGGUUUACGCCCGCCUUUCUAAGGGGGUCAGCUAGCAGCUUCAAAGACCUGUUCUUGGGACUCGGAGGACGCGGUAAAGGAUCUUCUGACAGUCUCCAUCAGACCGGCGCAGGCCAUCAGCAGCCGGAUGCUCGAUAUCAACAGUCGGGAGCCUUGCUUCAUCCUGCAGGUAUUCAGCACCAGUCAGCCACAGCUUACCAUCAACCUGGAGUUGUCCAUCAUCCAGAAACUGUUCUCCAGCAGCCUGGUUCCUCAGGGUAUCAACUUCCUGGACGGCGACACAGCCUAGGCAGCCGCCAGCAGACGACUGGCAAAAGUGGUAAUCCAGUUGACGCAAGUUUUGACUCGCAUGUUUACAGCAACCGUUCCCCUGACGUCAGCUAUGCUCCGGAGGGACAGUGUCAGCUGUGCGGCAGCGACGCCAGCCUUCACUCAACCAUCGGCUGCCGGCGCCUGCGUGGCUCUAACCUGACCACGGGGGGCGGCGGCCCUUUGAUUAGUGAGAUGCGUGAACGUCUCAACGAUGACGGCUCCCGGAACUGGUUUGAGUUCAGGGACGCUACGGGCGUGGGCUGCCGCAACUCGGGCGUCUUCACGGUGCUGGAGGAGGACGAGAACGAGACUUCAUUCGAACGAAUCUCGAGGUCUCCACCUGCACAUCCCCAGCAGAGCAGUACUCCAGCCAGCGCUUCGCUCUCCUGUGACGCUACCAAAGAAGAGGGCAAAAGAUCUCGUGCUGCCCGAGUGCUUUUCGCCCAGCCAAAACGCGGCAAUCAAGAAGGGAGUAAUGCAAUCAAUAAAUUUGGUCCGGUCGUUUCUUCUCCUGCUAAAUCUGAUGUGUGGCACAACGGAGGGCAUGCCGGUGCUCAUCAAAGGCAAAUUGGGUCCUCAAAUCUAGAAUCUGUGCAAGUUGUCAACGGGUAUAAUAACCUCAGCGGUUAUAACGACCGUAACGAACAUCGUGUGACUCAAGCCCCGCCGCCAGCGUGGACGAGAGGGCCUCACAGUAAGGCACAAGAACCAUCGUGUCGGACAGGCGGCCUCAUCGCGACCACCUCGCCCGCCUGCCCGGCUACCCGCGACAGGAGUAACAGCGUGGCCGUGGGCUGCCGUGACGGUGGUCGUCGUAACGGCGUUCCUCUAGCCGUCACCACGGACCUGGCGUCAUCGUUCACUGGGGGAUCUUACAACGACGUUCGUGCCAUGGGUCCCGCUUCCAACUGCUCUGCAAAAGACACGCACUCCUUCGGUAAAGAAAACAUUUUACCCGAGAUUAAAAACUCAAAGAAAGUGAGUAAAUCUAGUAGUUUCAGACAAAGCUUGAGUUUAAUCAGCGCCAAGUCUUUCUUGCCGAUGCUUGAUAGUAAAAAGAAAGCAAGUAAGGGUAACGCAAAAGUUAAUGGCAGUAUAGAAGCCAAAUCUGCAGUAGUUACAUCAUCAGGGUUUGAUCCAUCGACGCGUAGUGCAAACGAUGGCGACGACAGCGACGACCCGAGUGUGUCGUUCAUUAGUGACAUGCGACGUCGUAGUUUACGGUGCUCUGGCGCUACUGAUUUUAUAAGGACAGGUUCAAAGAGGGGGCUGUUCUCGCGCGGGCCCUUGCGCAGUUCAGCCAAAUCUACGACUUACUCGCAUCACUCUACCUCCUCAACAGGCACUGACCAGACCUCAGUGCACUCAGCGGAUCGAUGGUAUUCAUCCACGAAACUGGACACUUCCUUCAGCUAUUUAGCUUUCAACAAACGCCGCUUCAACAAACUCACGAGCUCGUGCCGAAGCACCCAGUCGGCCCCGGCGUCUGAGGUUUCCCCCGGUAGGGGGAUGAGGAAAGUCCCUAAUGAAGCCUGGCGGGGAGGGAGCGUCGAGAAGAUCCCGGAAGAGAAUAACCGUCACGCAGAGCCCGAGCAAAAGUUGCGGUGUUAUGAGAACCUCACAAACGGUAGCGGCCAGACAUCCAAUUCAGCGUCCAACAUCAAUUUCAGCGAACCAGCUGCACUCUAUGAAGGCGCUUCUUCAAGUCAUAUUCGUUCAAUUGAGUCUGAUAGACUGAUGAUUCGUAGUUCUAUCCGAGGUGUUCUCCCUCAGCCUGCCUUAGACAUCGUCUCUAAUUCAUCCUUGGCUUUCCUCCCUAAGCCUGCGUUGGGUGUCCUCAACGACCGCGGGGUGCGUAGCCAUGAUCUGUCUAUUAGAGUUACUCCCAUGAAGGCGAAUAAGAAGAAGAAACGACGCACGAAGAGGAAGUCUAAAACUUCCGACAAGGAGAAACCCGGCGAAGGCCGAGUUAAAAAUCGCAUCCUUGAACGAGGUGCCUAUUCUGAACAGUCCAUGACCAAACCCGAGGCUACUCAUAAUGCACAUGUAAAUCCUGGUCGCAACAACGAAACUACAAUGGUUGGAAGUAAUACUGCCGCCGGUGCUGUCGGACAUCACGCAUUUUCUCAUGGUUUGAGCGAAAAUAAUUCUGAAAGAGCUCUUGUUCCCCGAAAUAUUGAGACCCAGUUGGUACCCGCCAACUUCUGGUCGGGUAUGGGCAAUGUUCAAGAGGCUCCCCACGCUGUGGGUAACUCAGGUGUUUCGGGUAUGGGCAAUGUUCAAGAGGCUGUGGGUAACUCAGUUGUUGCUGCCCCACCACCCACCUCGUGGUCCACGCACCCACCGAUGAGCGCCCCACCUCAGUUCUGCUGUGGAGCGUCGCCAUGCUGCCCUCACGAGUGGUCUGUGAGCGACGCUUGUUGUGCCCCACCAUCGUGUUGUACAAGUUGUCCUUCGCAGUCCACUGGCCUUUGUCCCUCUAGUCUUCGUCUCUACAAUCCUUCUAGCCCUCCUGUUUCUUGCCCUACUCACUUUAUUGGUGUUUUUCCAACUCCCUUAUCUGGACUUACAUCUCCAAACGCCGCCACUUUUUGUUCAAGCCAUGCCAAUUCCUCUUGUGAAAUUUGCCAUUCUAGUUCUCUCAGUCCUUCUGGAAUUUGUUUUUCUAACUCAUCUGGACCUACUCCAUCUCGUCCCGCUGGACUCUCCUCCUCUCAAACAUCUGGACUUACACCCCCUCACCAUUCUGGACUCACCUCCUCUUGUCGUUCUGGACUUCCUCCCUCUCACGCCUCUUUACUCACCUCCCCUCACGCGUCUGCACUGACUCCAUCACGCCCUUCUUUCACAUGUCCCUCAACGUUUCUUGUGGACAGUUCAAGCCCGCGCCACACGCCUAACAUUGCCAGGCCUUCAGGAUUCGGAAGAUCAUUUUCUUCACCCGGAAACGUUGACAUGGUUCCUUCUAGCGCCACGAAGAGCGUCGUGAGCGGCUCUUGUUAUCCUGUUCCUGUGAGGCCAAUGCCUGAGCCUGGUCACGAUCACUCAUCCCCUAGAAAGUUUACUGAUCGGCAGCCUGGAUUUGUACUUCCUCUUAAUCUUAAUGAAGAAUCCAAACGAGGUCCUAAUAACUUACGUCUGGAUCUUGCGUCAGACCCACUGUCACCGUCACCCUCGUCGGCGAGUUAUGCAUCCCCCAGCUACUUCCAGAAAUGCUUUGCGCCGCCACACGUUAGCGAAGUCUACGCCGCGCCCCUGGACAGCACUGACGGGGAUAAGAAGGAGCCUCUAGAGUUGUACAUGCAGCCUCUUAGUCCCGGUCUCAGGGAGGUCACGAAGUUCGUGGAUAAGAUAUGUGCUAAGAUUCAGUCGCCCCAUUACGUUAAUACAACGAAUAAGUCUGAUUAUCUCCGUUCAGUAAGUUCUGGCCACGCGCUUCCUAUAUGGGACAGCGAGGAGCUGAAGGAGGAGGAAAGUAAUCCUCGUGAUGAAGAGCAUUCCGCCCUGAGGUUGUGUAAAAGUUUGCAGAAAUCCCGAGAGUCUGUUCAGGGGCUAAGCUAUUCCACCAGCCCUGCUUCUACCUCCUCUUCCAGUGCCAUUCACUACAAGAAAGAGAUAACAGCACCUGAUGGUGAUGAAAAUCUGAACCUGAAUUCGAGAUCCCACUCUUGCCAGUCAGUCAACAGGAGCCGUCCUCCGUCCGAGCACUCGCGUCGGUCUGACUAUGUCCCGAGCCAGUCAUCUGCUAAAAUCCUGUCAUCUUAUCAGUCAGGAUCAAGCAGUCAGUCCCUGGCCCAGUCAGUGGACUACAAGUCAUCUACUAGUCUCGCGUCUUGUCUGUCACAAGUCUCACUCGGUUGCGAGUCUCAAAGCAGAGUUCCUGGAAGUGCCAGCUCGAGGCGCAGCGAGUCUUGCGGCGGACGAAGCUCUGCGUCCAGCAGCGUGGCAGGACUUCCAGAACUCUUCGGUGGCAGUCCAUGUGGCACUGCUUCCGGUGUCAGCACCAUGGAGUCUGCAAGUAACACUCCUAAUCCUGUCCAUCAAACUUCCGUUAAAUCAAGAGCCAGGAAAAUGAAGAAGGCUUUAAUGGAGACCGUAAACGACGAUACAAUGACCGAACCUCUGUAUGAGAACGGCGCCAAUUUUUGCGUCAACAAUUAUUUCUUUGACUGCCAGGAAACGGGGAAAAAUGCUCUAAAUAACGCAGAAAGAAUCGGAUCCUUGGAUAAAAUGUCUCAGGCUAAACCCCUUUCAGGAGUGUUGGAAGAAGAGCGAUUCAAUGGAGACUCGCAAUCUCUCUCACAGAAAGAUCGCUCUAGCGAAUAUAUCUCUAGACCAGCCGAACAAUUCGACCCGGGUAACGAAACUUGGGAAGAACGUUCAGUGGAUCGUGCGUUGUACUCGUUCUUCCCAAUGGCGCACAGCAGCACCUUUCCUGGCGCCGAUUCAGCGUCGGAUGACCGCAUCAGUGAGACGUACUUCCGGCCUUGGAGCCUGAAUGACAGAGAGGCCCUCGCAUCCGCUGCACAAACAUCUCCCGAGCGGCAACUGUUGCCUGCCUACGGCGGUGAAGCACGGAAUCGCUCAAAAUCGAGUAACCAUCGCCAAAAAUGGUAUCUAUCCGACGAAAACUGGCACGACGGCUCUGAAAGUCCGGACAGCGACUACGAAAGGCGACAGAUGUCUCCACAUCCUCACGAGGACCUGGCACCUCCCCUGCCUCCACCUCUUCCCCGCUUCGUCUUGGAUGCCGUCGCUUCCAGGUCCCCUCCACCAGCCCCACCACCAGCUCCUCAACCAGGCUCCCAUCCAGCCCCUACAUCAGCUCCCCAACUAGCCCUCUCACAAGCCCCUCCAUUUAUUUCCAAUUCCUCUCCCGUCAUCUCGUGUUCGGGCUCCCACGCUCCCCACUCCCCCAGCUUGACCUUGUCCCUCCCCAGCCUCCCCUCAUCGUUUCCUCCCCAAACCUCAUCGUCAGUUUCUCCAUCAGCUUCCUCCGGCGCGCAGGAUCCCUGGACUUGUUUUUCUUCCUUACCGAAACAUUUGCCUGAAACUAAACAACAGGCGGUUCAUGAUGCUCAGCAGGCGAUUCAUGAAACUGGUAGCGAUUUGGUCAGCACUUCAGUCAGCACUUCAGUCAGCACCUCAGUCAUCACGUCGGUCAACACGUCAGUCAGCACCUCAGUCAGCACGUCGGUCAACACGUCAGUCAGCACCUUAGUCAGCUCUCCCAUCAGCAACAAGCCACAGUUCCAACAGCUAAGAGCUGAUCUGAUGCAGCUGAAAGCCGACGACCGGCAGCUGCUGGAGCACCUGCUGCAGCUGCACGCGCGAAUCAGGCAGCUGAGUGGGCUGCCCUUCGUCUCGCCGCCCCCCUCGCCUCCUCCUGCCCUCCGCCCCACCACCGCACACGCCUUCCUCAGAGGCAUCCCCCCAUACUCUCCUCCAGCCCACUCUUCCUCCCCUACAGUCUCCUCUUCCCCACCCGCCCCAGAAUCCGUGUCAUGUGGUCUAGACUCCCCGGGCACAUCCCCGCACACUCCCCCCGCACUGAACACUCCCCCUUUCUCCCCCACGGCUUCAGGAGGAGCCAUGUCCCCAGGAGAGGCCCCAUCCCCAGAACCCAUCCACGCAAGCCUCGCCGACCUCGGCAUCUGUCGUCGCGCCGACCUGACGACGGACGUUGACUACGAGAACGUCGCCAGUUUCCGUAACGCUUCGUCCCUCGUCACGUCGCCCAGUGUCGCCUCAUCGUCCUCGUCCAUGCAGGAAGUGCGUCCCGUCCCUGUCGUCCCGGUGGCGGCCGUGCGUUUUAGGGACGAGGCUGGGACGUCACGGAGCCUCGACGGUGACGUAACGGACGGCGUUAACCUCGUCACGGUCCUCUGACCGUUCUUCUUGUCUGCUUAGAGCUUGUUAUUCU